CUGUUCUACAGCACAUGAGCAGACCCUUAUCAGUGGUAUUCCAACUCGUUAUCUCCGAGACGAUAGAGCACUUCUUGAGUAUGAAUUGUGCUCGAGUGGGGGCAAAAAAGAGCCUAUCGUACCAGCCGAAAGUGUGCGGGAUUUUUUAGUUGAUGCUUCGAAGUGAUCACAGUCGCGCGUGACUCAAUAUUUGUGGCAUUUAUGAAAUUCAUUCUGGUGAACAAGCUGCACAGGAAUGCGCGGAACUACGGAAUCAGGCGGAAACAGCUUAAAGACAGGCGUGAUUGACUUCACGGCAGGAUCUCUGGGUGGAGUGGCCCUGGUGUACGUGAGUCAACCUCUGGACACGUGCAAAGUGAAGAUGCAGACUUUUCCCACACUCUACCGAGGCAUGAUCCACUGCCUCAUCGAGACAUUCCGAAAAGAUCGAAUCUGGAGGGGACUUUAUGCUGGCUCCGUUCCUGCCGUUGUAGCCAAUGUGGCAGAAAAUUCAGUAUUAUUCGCCGGCUACGGAGCCUGCCAGAAACUCGUAGCUGUCGUGGAGAAAAAAGAUAGCAUCAAGGAUUUAUCUCUAUUGGGAAAUGCUACUGCUGGCUUCCUGGCUGCUUUCUUCUCAUCCUUCACUCUCUGUCCCACCGAACUGAUCAAAUGCAAACUCCAGGCACUCAGGGAGAUGCAUAAUCAGAAGAAGACUGCGCAAUCGGAUGCUAAAUUAUAUCACAUAACGCCAUACAAACUUACACGUGAAAUUCUCAGGAAGGAAGGAAUCCCAGGACUGUUCAGAGGACUCACACCGACGUUUUUCCGCGAGAUGCCUGGAUACUUUUUCUUCUUUGGCGGCUACGAGGGCGCUCGGCAGCUGCUUGCAAAGCCCGGCCAAUCAAAGGAUGACAUUGGUCCACUGCGAACGAUGAUAGCUGGAGCUGUGGGCGGAGUCGUGCUCUGGACAGUGAUCUUCCCGGCAGACGUUAUCAAGAGUCGCAUCCAGGUGGCCAGUUUGCGCACCAGCAUGACCCGGGUGGGACUUCAGAUCUACCGGACAGAGGGUUUUCUGGCACUCUACAAUGGCCUCCUGCCCUCCGUCAUUCGCACUAUUCCCGCCACAGCGGUACUCUUCCUCGUCUACGAGUAUUCCAAGAAAUUUAUGACGGAAAUUUUCUAAAUUAAAUAAAUCAAUUUAUUGUUUUGUGAUAAAUUCUAAAA